GAGGCAGACCGGGCAGAUGAAGACAGACGGAGCGGCGCAGAUGCUCAGCGGCAGGAAGCAGAGCCUCAUCGAGGACGCGCGCAGGGAGCGCGCCUGCGCCCCCGCGGGCUCCCCGGGGCCCUCGCGCCUCGGAGAUGGUUCUGUCUUUGAGGAAAAGGACGGCAAAGUCACGCUGAAUGUGCUGUUCGCGCUCAGCGGCCAGAAGAACGCGGGAUUCUUCAAAGCAGGGAAAAUAUUUGAAACGUUCGAAGCCAAACUUCUCCACAUCGAGAGCCGGCCGGGUAGGAAGUGGAAGAACAACGGGCCUGACCUGGAGUUCUUCAUGAGGUGUGAAGUUCAGAGCUCCGACCUGGACGUGUUCCUCAACACGCUGAAGCGAGUGGCGGACGACGUUCGCUCCUAUCCAGAGGAAAAGGUUCCCUGGUUCCCAAAGCAGAUAAAAGACCUCGACAGAUGCAACGUGUUGAUCACCAAAUUCGAUCCAGACCUGGACCACGGCCAUCCUGGCUAUAAUGAUUCAGAAUACAGAAAAAGACGAGCCGCCAUCAUUGAGCUGGCUUUCAGAUACAAACACGGAGAUCCGCUCCCCACGGUGGAGUACACAGCGGAGGAGACCUCCACCUGGCAGCAGGUGUACCAGCAGCUGCGGAGCGUCUACCCCAGCACGGCCUGCAGGCAGUUCCUGGACAGCCUGCAGCAGCUGGAGGAGGAGUGCGGCUACGGGAAGGAGCGCAUCCCGCAGCUCAGAGACGUGUCUGCCUUCCUAAAAGAAAAAACCGGCUUCCAGCUGCGUCCCGCCGCCGGCCUGCUGUCAGCCAGAGAUUUCCUGGCCAGCUUGGCCUUCCGGGUGUUUCAGUGCACGCAGUACAUCCGGCAUCCGUCUUCCCCCAUGCACUCCCCCGAGCCGGACUGCUGCCAUGAACUGCUCGGCCACAUCCCCAUGCUGGCGAAUAAAGAGUUCGCGCAGUUUUCUCAGGAGAUCGGACUCGCCUCACUUGGAGCUUCAGAUGAAGACAUCGAGAAACUCUCAACGUUGUACUGGUUCACGGUAGAGUUCGGCCUCUGCAAGCAGAACGGAGCGGUGAAAGCCUACGGCGCCGGGCUCCUCUCUUCUUACGGAGAGCUCGUUUACGCUUUGUCAAACGAGCCGGAGUAUAAACCCUUCGACCCAGAAGAGGCGGCGGUCCAGCCGUAUCAGGACCAAACUUACCAGCCCGUUUACUUUGUGUCCGAGAGCUUUGAGGACGCAAAGAUGAAGCUGAGGAGAUACUCUGCCAACAUCCAGCGCCCUUUCGCGGUCCGCUACGACCCGUUCACCUGCAGCAUUGAGGUCCUGGACCAGCCGGCCAGGAUCCAGAGCGCUCUGAGCCAGAUGAGGGAGGACCUGAAGACCCUCCAUGGGGCUUUGGAGAAGCUCGGCUCGUCUUAGAAGUCCAAACAUGCACGGUAGCUUCAUGAAGCAGCAGGUAUUCAGCAUAGAGGCUCGUUUGAGCAGAUCGACUCUGUGCUGUAGAUGAAAAUAAACUUCUGCUUUCAUGAAGCCGCAGCCAUCUGCAGGCAGAUUGAAGCUCAGAAAACCGUUAAACCGCUACAAUACGCAGCAUGUAGGCCCAUCCCCACCUUCUGCUUCCAAACCAACCUUUUUCGGUUUGGAAAAUUCUUGGAAGCCAUCUAUCUUCAUGUUUUAUUAAGCAAAGGGAAGGAGGGAAUUAUGAAUGAUUUAAGUAUCGUGUUGCCUCUGCUGGUGGAGGCCAGAGCCAGCGCGGGGGCGCGGCACGUCAGAGGGGCCAGGUCAGCGGGACCUCACACCCGACCACAUCACGGCCUGCCGCUGACAGACCCGCUUCGCUCCUUCGUCUUUCUGCGUGCAACUGCAGAAUUUGGUGGGUUUUUGACGGACGGCCAGCGUUCCCACUUCCAGGCGGGCAUGAAAGCGCGUCAGAGCGCUGCGCGCCGGUACCUCCCAUCAGGAAGACCAAUCGUCUUCGUGGUCCCAAAAGCAGCAGCAGCAGCAUCCAGGCGGCCACCACCUUCCGCCAGGACCAUUUCCCAUAAUUCCACUGUGCAGUAAAUCACAGUCGGCUGUCUGCGCUCUGACCUGAAAGCUCAAUUCGAUCUCAUGAACCCAAAUCCUCCAGAAAGCCACAGCUGGGAUGUGAAUCUGCAAACUAAGGCUGGUUGCCGGGGCAACAGUUACAAGGAGCCUGGAUCGAGCUCUUCAGGCGUGCGUUCGCCUCGCAAACACUACAUAAUUCAAAAAGUGCUCUCCUUACGGAUGUGAGGGCUGCUCCCGUCCUCUGAGCUGGCCGGGGUCACCGGGUUCGCUCUGCCCUCACCUCAGCCGAGGCCACCAACACUUUCUGAUGAGGGGAGAACGAGACGCCUAAAACGGCUCAUUUAAAAUGACCGGGCCAAGAAAAAUGAGGAUUCUCUGAAGAGACGGCGCCCCCAGAAUGCAACAGUUUCCUACAAAUGUUUCUAAGAUGUGUUUCAAGAUGUUGUGCAGAAUUACGCAAUUGUUAAUUGAUCUUUUGUGAGUUAGAGAAGGAGAAACUAUCAAAUAUUGACAAUAAAUUGUGACUGAAUGGGC